GGUAGCAGCAGUGGUAGCAGGGCCCUCCCUCUGUCUCUGCACAUAAAUACUCGCAGCCUGCCUAUUCCAGGCAUGGAUGACGGUUGCACUCAGACAUGGCACUGCGACAUUAUACUCUCGACUUCAACCUCUCUACGGCAGUUGACUCUGCCACAACAGUCCCUGGUCUGCUGUCCAUAUUUCAUGAGCAGGAAAUGACAGAGACUGUCCAUGACACAAAUGAGCAUGGAUACCUUGCUACUCUCGUAGGCAAGAAUGGCCGGCUUGCUGUUCUGCGUGUGCACUCCCAGGGGUUGGUCACCAUUGAUCUGCAGUGUUACGAAGAGGAUAACAUUGCACAACUAGACAAUCUUUUAAAUGCACUGGAAAAGGAGCUAAAGGUUCUCUUAAAUGGCAAUAUUACAAGGAUUAAAAGGCUCCCCGCCCUUGUACGAGGAGCAAAAAUUGACCGAUACUGGCCCACAGCUGAUGGCAGACUGAUUGAAUAUGACAUUGACCGGGUGGUGUACGAAGAAGAUUCUGCAUACCAAAACAUAAAAAUAUUGCACUCACAGCAGUUUGGAAAUAUCCUCGUGCUCAAUGGAGACAUUAACCUGGCUGAGAGCGAUUUGGCGUACACCCAAGCCAUCAUAGGUAGCGGCAAAGAGAAUUAUGCUGGAAAAGAGGUGCUGAUAUUAGGAGGAGGUGAUGGAGGCAUCCUUGCCGAGGUGGUCAAACAAAAGCCAAAGAUGAUCACCAUGUUGGAGAUUGACCAGAAGGUGAUAGACGGGUGCAAAACGCACAUGAGAGAAACCUGCGGCAAUAUCCUGGACAACCUGAAGGGAGACUGCUACCAAAUACUAGUCGAGGACUGUGUCCCCGUGCUGAAGAAGUACGUCCAGGAAGGAAGGACGUUUGAUUACGUAAUUAAUGACCUCACUGCAAUCCCGAUAUCUACGGAGCCAGAAGAAGACUCGACAUGGGAGUUCCUGCGUCUCAUCUUAGAUCUGUCAAUAAAAGUCCUGCAUCCCUCUGGGAGAUACUUCACACAGGGUAACAGCGUGAAUCUGACAGAGGCACUGAGUCUGUAUGAGGAGCAGCUGGGAAAGCUCUCGUGUCCGGUGGACUUCUCCAAAGAGGUGGUGUGUGUGCCCUCCUACUCUGAGCUAUGGGUUUUCUACACCAUAUGGAAGAAGUAGAGACCUCCAGUUCUCUCUGCACGAAUUCCCAGCGGCUGGAAUGUUAAUGCUCCUCCCGUUUCUGCUGUAGCCUUUAGGGUGUGUUCAGACUGAACAUGACAGGACAAUUAGAGGCAACACAAAGUUUGGAUCCACGCAUUGUUCUGGUGGCUUUAGAAUGGUUAAAUUUAAAAAAAUGGAGCGAGUCUGGAGGAACAGGACACAAAAACAAAAAUAAUUGCAGUGUUCUUUCAAUAUAAAAAGAGUAGUUGAUAGUUCUACAGACAUUUUUCAUGCACAUGGCAGUCUACAUGGCUGGCAUUAGUGCGUUACUGCUGACUGACUACAGCGAGCAUUUGCACUGUAAUUGGCUGUUUGUGGUUAACAAGCACGGACUUCAAAACACUCCAGCGGUCAAAUUGGUGCGAAUAAAUCAAGAUGAAAAUUCCCUCUGUGUUCAGUCUGAACACAACUUAAGGGGCACAAUGACAGUUUUAUUAUCCCCUCUCCAUUAACCCCUUUCUCCCCGAAUCUUCCUUCUCUUUCUUCCAGUUUUAGUUGUGUUCGACCAUUGUUUGCUACAACUUAUCAGUUGUAUUCGUUUGUGUUGAUUUGGAAUGUCCAUUUGCAUGUGCUCUGAAGGAACUGUUAGAUGUUUCCACAGUGCUUUGAGGCACUGAUAAUGUGGUGUACCUGCUCUUACAACAGGUGUGUUCUUUAGGUUUUCUUUUCUUUACUUUGAGUUAUGAGCUCAAAUUGUGUGAUAGGGCAAUCUGUAGGCUCGGCACAGCUGAACUGAAUUGCUUUUAAGCUCUGUUUUUGUUACUGCCUCACAAAUGUGAUUUGAUUCUUUCAGGUUGUAUCAAGACAAUGUGACCAUGUCCAGUGAGACUGAAGCGUUUGAGUCCAAAUGUGUUUUAAAAGGGAAACGAUUCCACCACUUUAAUGCCACCUCUGUGCUUGUGCUGUUUAUAUGUCUUGUUUUAUUAGCACCUUUGGUUUCUCCUGAUAUAUUUUAAGUUUUUUAAGACUGUAUUAGGUGCAUGUAAAGGACGGUGAAUGUAGCUUGCAUACACAGUACACAGCACGUUUACACGUGAUCAACCCUGUGGGACUGAGUUACAUUUAUUUAUUCAAUAUGAUUUCACCAAAUGCUGUUCUGUCCCACUUGAGAUCAUUUUUGUGACCAUCUACAAUUAAAGUGUUUUUGGG